AUGAGCCAGCCUCUUGAAGCAAACGUUUUUGCAGCCGAUAUCGGCUGUCAGACGACGGCCCAGGGCAACUGGCGUGAGGCCGUCCAGCUGCUUGAGCAGGCCGCGGAGGCUGCUUCGGAGCAUGGGAACACCGAAGCGGAAUUCAAGGCCUGCCAAGCCAUUGCCAACUUUCUCAAGAAGCAAGGCCGCUUGCAUCAAGUGCUUACCGUCGCUCAACGCCAGCUCGAACUGGCAGAGCAAAGCAAGCAACCAACCCUCAUUGCCCGCUUACACAAUACGAUUGGAGGCAUUUACUACGAUCUGGCGACCGGUCGCGAUCGCAGCGAGAGCCCCAUUCUUCAAUCUGCCAAACUGCACGAUUCAACCUCCGACCCACCCGCAACAACAACCACACCGACCCCCACCCCGGAGGAGUCGGCCUCGGCUGUUGUCAGACACCUCGGUAGUGCCGUGGAGCACUUUGAGCAUGCUUUGGCUCUGGGGCGCGCCCUUCAUGACCGGUCCAUCAAUCUCAAGGCCUAUCGUGGCCUGGGCCACGUCUGUUUGGUGCGCGAUCAACGCGAUGCAGCCAUGGAAUACUUGGAGUUGUACCGCAAAACCGCAAAAGGCAUUGGUCAGCCCAAGGAACAAGCCCGAGCCUGUGGUAUCAUGGCCGAUCAGCUCGCGCUUUGGCAUGCCGAAGGCUACAGUGCUUACCUUGGCGGUGACAAGGAUGUCUUUAACCAGCAAAUUCGGCUCCGCGAAGAACAGGCCGCUUGCGCGCUUGACGCCAAGCAACCCGUGUGGCGCCUAACGGCCACUUUUGCUUUGGCGCAACUCAAUGAGACAAGCGGCUCUUACACGGAAUACUAUGGCGAGCGUCGCGCUCGUGAACUCUAUGCUGAUUGUCUAAAGCAAGGGCGCGAAAUUCCCCUCUCCGAACUGGGCGAAGAAGGUGCCGCCAUCAUGAAGGAGGCUGCUGCCAAGCUUGAAUAUCUCAAUUCCUCCAGUUGUACGCUUCAAUAG